UUCUUUUGUUUGAGUAGAUGAGAUUUAGCUGCUCCGAUGCUUUCUUGUAGGAAUGUCUUCUACUCUUUCUAUGUCAGUUUCCGUAGAAUGCGUGAACAUUUGUAAGUUGUCGAAAGGGGAUGGGACGGGUAGGUAUGAUUGUACCAUCCUCUACUGCGCCUGGAAGCCUCCGAGGGCCCUGACUGGCUUCCUCGCAAGUACUGCACAUCAUCCUCACUGUUCUUCGUUGCUGGAUGGGCGGCCCAGAAGGCGAAACCGGACGAAAUCCCCCUGCUGGAGAUGUGAAGCCUCUGAUGUUUGGUACUCCGAUAACAUUGCAAGUUCUCAUUCUGCAUUUUCCAGAAUGCUAAUUGGAUCAAGUGUGCAUCGUACUGCUUGUAAAAGAUGGCAAUUGUGUUGUUCUUCCUCUUCAGAAUUCUCUGAUGCAAUAUCUCUUCAAAUUUUGUGGGAGGACCUUAAACCGACUGUUUCAUAUCUUCCACCAAAAGAGGUGAAAUUGAUCCAUGAUGCUUUGGAGCUGGCUUUUCAGGCUCAUGAUGGUCAGAAAAGAAGAAGUGGAGAACCCUUUAUAAUUCAUCCAGUAGAAGUUGCACGUAUUCUUGGAGAACUUGAACUGGACUGGGAAUCCAUUGCUGCUGGAUUAUUACAUGACACAGUGGAAGACACAAAUGUUGUUACUUUUGAAAAAAUUGAGAAGGAAUUCGGUGCCACUGUGCGCCACAUUGUAGAAGGAGAAACUAAGGUGUCCAAGCUGGGUAAACUUCAUUGUAAAAAUGUGAGCUCAGCACAAGAUGUCAAAGCUAAUGACCUGCGUCAAAUGUUUCUAGCCAUGACAGAGGAGGUGCGUGUUAUCAUUGUGAAAUUAGCUGACAGGUUACACAAUAUGCGUACACUUUCACACAUGCCCCCACAUAAGCAGGUGCGUGUUAUCAUUGUGAAAUUAGCUGGCAGGUUACACAAUAUGCAUACACUUUCACACAUGCCCCCACAUAAGCAGUCCAGCAUUGCUUUGGAGACAUUACAGGUCUUUGCGCCCCUUUCAAAGUUACUAGGGAUGUACCAAAUUAAGUCAGAGCUGGAAAAUCUAUCCUUCAUGUACACAAAUGCUCAAGAUUAUGCAAUGGUUAAGCGAAGAAUUGCAGACCAAUAUAAAGAGCAUGAGAAAGAACUCGUAGAGGCCAAAAAGAUUUUAAUGAAGAAGAUCGAAGAUGAUCAGUUUUUGGACCUUAUGACAGUAAAAACUGAUGUCCGCUCUGCGUGCAAAGAACCUUACAGUAUCUAUAAGGCAGUGCUGAACUCUAAAGUUUCAAUAAAUGAGAUCAACCAAAUUGCACAGCUUCGUAUUAUCAUAAAACCAAAGCCAUGUAUUGGAGUAGGGCCUCUUUGUAGUGCACAACAGAUAUGUUACCAUGUUCUUGGGCUUGUUCAUGGAAUCUGGACCCCAAUUCCUCGAGCUAUGAAAGACUAUAUUGCCACCCCAAAACCUAAUGGCUAUCAAAGUCUCCACACAACAGUGAUACCAUUUCUGUAUGAGAGCAUGUUUCGACUUGAAAUUCAGAUUAGAACGGAAGAGAUGGAUCUGAUAGCUGAGAGAGGAAUUGCUGCUCACUACAGUGGUAGAGUAUUUGGUACUGGCUUAGUUGGACAUGCCGUACUGAAUGGGAAAAAUUUCAGAGGGAAAACAGUUUGUCUCAACAAUGCAAACAUUGCUCUAAGGAUUGGUUGGCUAAAUGCUAUCAGAGAAUGGCAAGAAGAGUUUGUUGGGAACAUGAGUUCUAGGGAGUUUGUUGAUACUAUCACAAGGGAUCUGCUAGGGAGUUGCGUCUUUGUGUUUACUCCAAAAGGAGAGAUAAAAAACUUACCUAAGGGAGCUACUGUGAUUGAUUAUGCUUAUAUGAUACACACUGAGAUUGGAAACAAAAUGGUCGCUGGGAAGGUGAAUGGUAAUCUUGUCUCUCCCAUGCAUGUACUUGCAAAUGCUGAAGUUGUGGAGAUAAUUACUUACAAUUCUCUCUCAAGCAAAUAUGCUGUUCAAAGGCAUCAGCAGUGGCUGCAACAUGCAAAGACCCGAUCUGCUCGACACAAGAUUAUAAAAUUCUUGAGAGAACAAGCUGCUCUGUCUGCUACGGAGAUGACGGCAGAUGCUGUAAAUAACUUUGUUGCUGAUAUUGAGGAUGAGAGGGAAUCAUAUGAGUUAUCCAACUACGUAGACGAAAGCAAAACCGAUUGGAAGCAAAUCCUUGUGGAUGUUGCAGAGUUUUCUACUUCAAAGAUAAGCCAUGACGAUGUCCUCCACAUUCAAAAUGGUAGAGUCGGAAUUCCUGUGGUCAAUGGGAGCCAUAACAAGAAUGUGCAGCAUAUGAGUUUAAAGACAAAUGGAGAGUUGUUACAAGGAAAUGGUUUUGCCAAGUUGAUCCAUGCUAACAUUCCAAUGUACAAGGAAGUCUUGCCUGGUUUAGACAGCUGGCAAGCUGGCAAGGUUGCCUCUUGGCACAACUUUGAAGGACAGUCAGUUCUGUGGUUCUGUGUAGUAUGUACGGAUCGAAGAGGUAUGAUGGCGGAGGUUUCAUCCAUAUUGACCACUGUGGGCAUCUCUAUUUGUUCUUGUGUGGCAGAGAUUGACAGAAGAAGGGGAAUGGGUGUGAUGCUAUUUCACAUCGAAGGGAGCUUAGACAGUAUGGUAAAUGCCUGCUCAAGUGUAGACCUGAUUCCUGGUGUUUUGAUCUGGUCUACUGGUUGUACCUGGCCAAGCUCAACAGAUGGCCACCAAUUUCUUGAAUGCUAAUUUGUCAACGGAUUCAACCCAUGUUAUAUAGAG